GCGACAUCAUGAGCGCCACCAUAUCUGCAGUCAAGAGGAGGGCCUGUGUGGCGUGCACGGCUGCCAAGGCGAAAUGCACGCCGCAGUCUGUUAACCUGUGCCAGCGGUGCGCUCGUCUAGGCAAGUCAUGCACAUACCUUGAACUUCCCCAGACGAAGCGGAAGCACAAGGCUGCUCCGAGUCGUGUGGAGGUGCUAGAGAAAAGGGUCGACCAGUUGAUGUCGCAGGUGGCCGCCUUGACCCGACAGAAUGGACAGGCAUCGCCAUCGCCCGAUACUUCGAACCCACUCCCCAACGACUGGGGCUCAUCUCGGGAUGCCGAGCCGGAUUCAGCAGACAUUUCCGCGAUGCUAGACGCUGCUCAAGACCCGUCCCACGGCCUCGACCCGCCGACCAGCUCUGUUCUGGAGGGCCAGCCGUCGAUCGUCGACCGAGGGCUUUUGAGUGAAGCCGAGGCUGAACGCUUGGUUGCAACCUUCCAGCUUGACUUUGUUCCCAAGUUUCCCUUUGUAUUAAUGAGACACGGCGAGACAGCCGCUCGUCUCAGGGACCGAGAGCCUUUUCUGUUUCUGUGCGUCGUAGCCGCGACCAUGGGCAGUGCGCACCCUCUGCGCAAGAUCGUCACCGAGGAGAUUAUGAAGCACGUCACCUUGAGGGUUGUGGCACGGUCCGAGAGGAAUCUCGAAUUGCUCCGUGGUCUGUUGGUUCACAGCGCAUGGUACUCAUAUCCUGCUGAGAGAUAUCAUCCGCGACUUUUGCUGUUGAUUCAGUUUUGUGUUUCGAUUCUGCAUGAUUUGAGGCUUCACAGAAAGCCCAGUCUACAUCCGGAUGAGCAGCGGGCGCUGCUCGGUACAUAUUGGCUUUCGGUUGGACUUUCUGGCAUGCUCGGCCGGCCAAUUAUGAUGAAGCAUGAUGGACGAAUCGACGAGUGCAUGGAGAGGAUAGCUUCGACUGAGCACCUGUCAGAUCGGUGGAUUGCGCCAUUCAUCCACCUACAGACUUUCUUGGCAACAAUGGAUGAAAUUUACGCUUCGAUGCAAGCAAGUGGUGGAAGGGUGCUCGUCCAAGUGACGCGCGGCUCUCUGCAGCGACAAUUUGAUAGCGUAAGGGCUCGUGUAGAAAAAGAUCUCUCGCGCUGCCCUUUAUCAACAGCGAACGCAAUACGCACUGAGAUCAAAUACAUCGAAAUGCGACUCGAAGAAUUAUCCCUUCGGGAGGUCCUAUGGAUAGCAGAACCCGCCAGUGCAGUCCGAACAACCAUGCUGAUGAGUCUAAUCCAACGAAGCAAGGAAGUCAUACACACGAUCCACAACCUACCCGUGUCGGAAAUUGCCCAAAUGACAAUCAUCACCAGUGCUCAUAUAUGUGCCGCCGUGGGCUACAUACCCACGGCAGUAAUGACGCUUCUCAAACUCAUCACUGGCCCUACCCCCACCGACCCUGCCAUGGAAGCCCAGGUGCAGGCCAUUGUUGAAGUAGCCGACUACCCCAAUCUCGUCACUGAGCUGGCCAACACGCUGGAGACUCGACUUGAGGGAAUGUCUGCUGCAGACCUCGAGAUGGAUAUUGUGGGGAGCUUGUGCUCUAAGAUGCGGCUGCUAGCACGUUGUUAUCCGUAUCAAAUCAGGGCCAUUGUUGGGGAUACGUCCAUGAUGGCAGCAGCUCCCACCAAUGUGAUUACUAUGACCCCCCCUGUCUGGCCGUCUAUUUACGGUGACCUGGAUGAUAGCAUGUUCCCUGUGGACAACAUCCAGUGGGAUUCUCUAUUAAGUAGUUUUACUGGGUUUAGCUAGCGUAGCUG